UGAAAUAGUUGUAAUGCUAUUUAUGUUGCAGCGGGCUCGGUAGAUCUGCUGGCCGGGGCGACCCAGAACAAACCUAACUGCGACUUAGUGCCCUGAGCGCAUGUAGCCACGCCGCAGCGGCUCCAUAACCUUAACACCGGCUAUGAGGUGCCGACUGGCCGCACGUUGGGCCUGCGCCACCACCCAUGCGGCAGCUCCAGGGCCCCCUAGUGCCCGCAACGGUGCCGGCACCGCACGCGGCCUGUUCUUCGUGUCUGCUAGCUACCGCGGCCGCAGCCUCCUCACCGCAGCCACCGAGCUGGUCGCGAGGGUCAAGGAAGCUAUGGGCGCUGGCCGGCCUCCGCACCUCGUCACCCUGUUCGCUACACCACACCAGGAGUACGGAGCUGGGCUUGCGGACCUGCCGCAGUACGUACGAGCGCUGAUGGUUGACGAGGGCCUGCCGCCGCCACUCAUCAUCGGCGGGGUGCUGAGGGGAGUGGCGGGAGGCGGGUUCGGCCCGGCGGACUGCGAGCCGGGGGUGGCGCUGCUGGCGGCUCACCUGCCCGGCGUGCGAUUGCUCACCUUCCACACGACCCAAGGGUCGCUGCCUGCGCUCAGCGGCGGCAGCUGGGCGGAUGUCAUGCUGGCCAGCCGCGGAGGCGCAGCGCAGUCGCCGGCUGCGCGAGAUGCAGCGGCGGCGACGAUGGCUGUUGGAACAGCGCGAUCUGGGGCAACAGCAACCGCGGCAGUAACAGCGGCGUCGGUAGCAGGGAUAGGGCGAGCGGGUGGGGGAGCGGCGGGCUCCUCCUCCUCACCACCACCACCACCGCCAACGCUUCCACGGGCGACCUCGGCGGCUGCGUUGCUGCUCUCCUCCCCGCACUUCCUGGCGGUGGAGGAGCUGCUGCAGCGGUUCGGGCAGGUGGCACCCAGCAUGAAGGUGGUGGGCGGAGUGACCGCUCCGGGCGCGUGGGGCGAGUCGGAGAGCGAGUGGGGCGCGCUGUGGCUCAACGACCGCACCUUCGCGCAGGGCGCCGUGGGCUGCGUUCUGCUGGGAGACUUCAAGUUCGACACGGUGGUCAGUCCCGGGUUUCGAGGCGCGGGGCCGCUCAUGCGGGUGACUGCGGCGCGGGGGCAGUUGGUAAUGGAGCUGGACGGGCAGCCGGUGCAGCAGCCGCUCCGACGCGCCAUAUCCGCGGCGCUCCACUCGGGAGAGUCCGCCUCAACCCUCAAGAUGGGGGUGGGCGACGCCACCAGCAGUAACACCAGCAGUAGCAGCGGCAUCGCUGGUCGCCCCGGCAGCAGCAGUACUACCGCAGACGCCAACUCCCAUUCGCAGCGGCCACCCCACACCGCCCCACACCUCUCCCAUCCCGCUGCACCCACCAGUGCAUCUCACACCCACCAUCACCACCACCAUCCGCAACUACCAGCACAACAAUCGACGCAGCCAUCGUCCUUGGCCCCACCAGGGCUCCAGCCGUCGCCGGCUUCAGGUCACCCGCCAGCAGCAGCACCCCAGCUCGGCUCCCCCCCUCCACCGCUCGGCUCCCCCCCUCCACCGCUCGGCUCCCCCCCUCAGCUGGUGACCCGCGGGUGGGGUUUCCAGCAGGGUCCCCAGCAGCGGCCGCUGCUGGGGCUCAACACCACCGCACCCGUCGCCCCGGGAACGCUGCUGCAGGUCCACAUGCAGGACUACCCGGCCGCUGAGAGCCACAUGCGGCAGCGGCUGCGAGCCUACUCGGAGGAGCUGCCGCCUGCAGUGGCCGCCGCGCAGGGCGCGGUGGGGGUGCUGGCGCUGUCGUGUUCAGGGCUGCCCUUCUUCGGAGAUGAGGAGGUGGCGAGCUGCUUGCCUGGGGCGGCGCUGGCUGGCGGAACAUUGGAGGGGGAGAUCUGCUCUACCGUGGAGGGGCAGCCCUCGCGCCUGCACACCUUCACCUCCUGCUUCGCCCUGAUCCGAGCCGCUGGGGUUGAUGACGGCGCUCCUGUUCAUGAUGCCUGCAGCGGCACUGCGGCGGCGGGUGGAGGGUCCGCUCAUGAGCCGGCUGGGGGGUAACAAUACUAGCUAUGGCUGCCGUGGGCACGAAUGCUGGUGCCGCAGGGUACGAUCCUGGAACGCCGUACCGAGCCCCUGGUAUCUGCUGUAGCGGCUUCUGUUGUAUGCAAAGUUAGCGGUUUGCUGCGUUGUAUGCACGGAUGCCUACCCGUUGGCAUUUUGUGAGCCGACUCUGUACGCAUGGUUGCUGGUGCACACAGGAUUGCGGUCGGAGGGGUAUCAGUAGAUACGAUUACGGUGGAGGUGGUUACGCUGUUUGGGGGCACACGCACGCAUUGCCAACUGCCGGGGAUCAGCCCUAACCCCAGCCCCGACCCCAAACCACACAAAG